UAGUUAUUACUAUUGUUACUAUUAACAACCAAGUACUACUAACAUAAAUUCAAACACAAGCACAAUGUUCAUAUAUCUGAGUUAGAUUCAGAUUUCAGAACUAAACUCCUCUCUCUUUCUCUCUCUGUACUUCUUGAACUUGAACUCUUUCAAUAAUUAAUAAGCUAUGGAAACUAACUCAGUUUCCAAGCUUAGAUUCUUGUUCUUCAUGUGUGUACUUUUUGUGGGGUGUGAUUUGAUCCAAUGCAGUGUGACCUAUGAUAAAAAAGCCAUUGUUAUCAAUGGCCAAAGAAGAAUCCUCAUAUCUGGCUCCAUUCACUAUCCUAGAAGCACCCCAGAAAUGUGGGAGGAUCUGAUAACAAAGGCCAAAAAUGGAGGACUUGAUGUAAUUGAUACCUAUGUUUUCUGGAAUGUUCAUGAACCUUCUCCUGGCAAUUAUAAUUUUGAAGGAAGAUAUGAUCUUGUACGGUUCAUUAAGACAGUGCAGAAAGUGGGACUCUAUGUUCAUCUUCGGAUUGGUCCUUAUGUUUGUGCUGAGUGGAAUUUUGGAGGAUUUCCUGUUUGGUUGAAAUAUGUUCCUGGCAUCAGUUUCAGAACAGAUAAUGGUCCUUUUAAGGUAAAGAUGCAUAGAUUCACUGAGAAAAUUGUCCAAAUGAUGAAGAAUGAGAAGCUAUUCCAAUCUCAGGGUGGCCCUAUCAUUCUUUCUCAGAUUGAGAAUGAAUAUGGAGCACAAAGCAAGUCACUUGGAGCAGCUGGUCAUUCAUAUGUAAACUGGGCUGCAAGAAUGGCUGUUGGGUUAGCCACUGGAGUCCCUUGGGUUAUGUGCAAAGAAGAUGAUGCCCCAGAUCCUAUUAUAAAUACUUGUAACGGAUUCUACUGUGACUAUUUCACUCCAAACAAACCAUACAAGCCUAAACUUUGGACUGAGUCUUGGAGUGGCUGGUUUACUGAAUUUGGUGGACCAAUUUACCAACGACCUGUUGAGGAUCUAGCAUUUGGAGUUGCUCGUUUUAUUCAAAGUGGAGGCUCAUAUUUUAAUUACUACAUGUACCAUGGAGGAACCAAUUUUGGAAGAUCAGCUGGAGGCCCAUUCAUUACUACAAGCUAUGACUAUGAUGCUCCAAUUGAUGAAUAUGGAUUGAUUAGAGAACCUAAAUACAGUCAUUUGAAGGAUCUUCAUGAAGCUAUUAAGCAAUGUGAAGCUGCUUUGGUUUCUUCAGAUCCUGUUGUUAAACCUUUAGGAACAUAUGAGCAGGCUCAUGUAUUCUCUUCUGGAAGAACUUGUGCCGCUUUUCUGUCAAACUACCACUCGAAUUCUGCAGCUCGAGUGACCUUCAAUGGCAGACACUAUGACUUGCCUGCUUGGUCCAUAAGCAUUCUUCCUGAUUGCAAAACAGAUGUUUUCAACACGGCAAGAGUGAGGACUAAACCUUCAGCAGCACAAAUGUUACCUAGCAAUUCAAAAUUCUUAUCAUGGGAGACCUAUGAUGAGGAUGUGAAUUCUUUAGAGGAAUCUUCAAGGAUUUCAGGUUCUGGUCUUAAGGAACAGAUAAGUGUUACCAGAGACACUAGUGACUACUUGUGGUACAUUACCAGCGUUGACAUUAGUUCAUCAGAAUCCUCUCUUAGAGGCGGACACAAGCCUAGCAUCAAUGUGCAUUCGGAAGGCGACGCGGUCCAUGUAUUUGUGAAUGGACAAUUUGUAGGUUCUGCUUUUGGGACAAUGGAAAGAAGAAGUUUCACAUUCAAUGGCCCUGUCAACCUCCAUGCCGGAACAAAUAAAAUAGCACUACUCAGCAUAGCUGCUGGAUUGCCGAAUGUUGGAUUCCGUUAUGAAACAUGGAAGACAGGUAUCUCCGGAGUUUCCAUCCAAGGUCUCGAUCAUGGACAGAAAGAUUUGACAUGGCAAAGGUGGUCCUACCAGGUUGGUCUUAAAGGAGAAGCUAUGAAUUUGGUGUCUCCAAUUAAGGUCUCAUCUGUUGAUUGGGUUAGAGAGUCACUAGCCACUCAAAACCAGCCCCAAUUGAAAUGGCACAAGGCAUAUUUCAAUGCACCUGAUGGAAAUGAACCAUUGGCAUUGGACCUUGGAAGCAUGGGAAAGGGUCAAGUAUGGAUCAAUGGACAAAGCAUAGGAAGAUAUUGGAUGGUUUAUGCAAAGGGUCAAUGCAAUUCUUGCAACUAUGCUGGCACAUAUAGACCUGCAAAAUGCCAACUUGGUUGUGAACAACCAACUCAAAGAUGGUAUCAUGUUCCAAGAUCAUGGUUAAAGCCAACAAAGAACUUAAUAGUAGUUUUUGAGGAAUUAGGUGGGAAUCCAUGGAAAAUAUCUUUGGUAAAGAGGACAAUACAUUGAAUAUGAGCAUACAAAAUGGUGAGUGGGGUCAUUCAUAUAGUUAUGAAUAAUAAUUAUGAUAUACAUAGCAUGUCUUCUUUUGAAGUUCUCUCUGGCUUUUGCUGGAAAUUAAAUGGUAGAUAAUGUUGGUGGGAAUAAAGAGUGGCUACUAGUAGUUACAUAUCAUAUAUGUGAUAAUUGAGCUUCACAUGGUACAUAGUCUUGGCUCAAUCAUUGAUUUGGUUAUAUCCAUAUUUUCUAUGAUAUAACUUUGAUCUAUCAUCAAGAUGGACCACAAGUGAUUGAAUACAAAAUUUAUUUGUACUUGAAUGUUAAUGUAUCUAAGUUGAAAGAGAGAAAAUUAAGAGAUUAAGGUUGUGAUUUCUUUUAAA